AUGGUGUGUCUGCCCAGCUUCCCACAGCCGUCAGAUAUGUUCUGGAAGUACUUGGACCUGGCCACGUUUUUCCUCCUCUACUUGUUGCCACUUUCUAUCAUCUCCAUAGCUUACAUUAUCGUUGAUAAGAAGCUAUGGAUGCGUAACGCUAUAGGGGAUGUGACUCUGGCGCAAUAUGUCGCCCACAGACUAAGGAAGAAGAUGACUCUGAAGAUGAUGAUGUUGGUGGUGGCUGUUUUUUGCUAUUUGCUGUUUCUCUUUAAACUGUUAUGUGAUUUUAGUGUCCAGCCAGGCCAUUAACACUAACAAUGCUAUCUACUUCACCUUCCAUUGGUUUGCCAUGAAUAGUACCUGUUACAAUCCUUUUAUCUACUGCUGGCUGAACGGAAGUUUCAGGACCGAGCUCAAGUGCCUGCCUUUUAUUUGGCGUUCCAAGAGGGCAGCACAUCCAUGCUGA